UGCUUUGGUUGUUUUCUUGACAGGCACAGGCAGCUGGAAGGAGUCUAGGAAACGUGCACAGGAAAAGAUUACAGUACAAAUCUUUUGCGUUAAUGGAAAACUUGAACUUUUUUUUAUGUCUUGCACCUGAGAGAAGUCUUGAUCCAUGCGAGGGAAGCAGACAGGGAGUAGCUUAAUGCACCACUGGGCUUAAUUUGAGGGAAAUAAGUACUUUUUGUGUACAUAUAGAAAUCACACAGGGACCUGGACAUGGAAUUAUCUACUUUUACAUCCCUGACAUACAAACGGUCCUGCUUUCUUCUUCCAUUUGUGUUGGGAAAAAGUGAGCAAUGGGACAAUCAGCACAGGGCAUGGAAACCAGCAGAGGUGUCCGCCGUGCAGUACGAGCCGGGGGAAUGAGUGGGGCUUGCAGAAUGCAAGAGUUAAAAUACUUCAGGGAUGGAGCUACGUUGGUGAUUUCAUUGGAUGGUUUGAAUUGGCUUACUAAAAGGAGAUGCAGUGACAAAGGAAUCAAGAAAAGGAAUGAAGAGCUCCAGCUGUUGAUAUCCUCAGGUCAGAUGAUCCAGGCCGAUGAAGAGCUGCAGGCGAUCACCUGCAUCCUGGAUCAAAGAGGAAGUGCAACCCCUCAGUUAUGGAGGAACAGUGACUGCAGAUCGAGCUUGGUAACGCGGCCUCCGCCUUUCUCUACCUCCCCUCGACACCGUUGUGUUCCGCAGGAGCCCCCACAUCAUUCAACGCUCACUUCUUUAGCUUCUUUUGUCUCAGAGUGCCCAAAGGAGGCCCCGUGGACAAGACUUAUUUUAAAUAUGCAGGACAUUUUCAUUUUGAUCAAAAAGAAUUUAAACAUUAUCACUCAACAGGACACUGUUACAACGGAUCAGCAAAAUAGGUUCAUCAUUUUCUGUGAUGAGGACAUACCACUACAACGUUUUGGUGACAUUUGCUACACUGAGGAUUGUGGGACAUCGAAAGGGGAUAGUGGUUGGCAUAUCAGCGAUAACAACUCCACUGCCCGCGGUCGCAACACCAACAACUCUAAUGGGAAUCAACAUGAACUGGUUAUCAGAGACAAUUUUAUCAACCUUAAAAGUCUUCAGAAAUCCUGUCAUAUCUCCAACGCUCCAGGAGUAUUGUCUGGGAGGGACACAAAUCUAAAAAAGAGGAAGAGUGUGUCCUUUAAUGAUGAUGUCAUGGUCUACCUGUUUGAUCAGGAGAGUCCCACCGUGGAGCUGCACUCUGAGGCCUGCACAUCUCUGCCAGAUGUCACAUUAGAAGACAGUGGCUUGGAGUGGGAGGAUGACUUCUCAGCUUUGGAGAAGAACUGCCAUUUUCAGUGUGUCAGACACUCUCAGCAAUACUCCCUUUCCCUGCCGACACAGACCAGCACUGCUCUGUCCCGUCGUUUCUUUCUGUCCCAAACCUGCCUGUUCCUCACCCAUGUCACUGAGUCAGACCUUGAGCUGUGAGAUAAAGGCAAGGCAAGGCAAGGCAAGGCAAGACAGCCAGCCUUGGACCUAAUGGAAAAACUGACUAAUCGUCCAGAUCUCGUCCUCUUCACAUCGAACUCAUCUCCCCACCUCCCUCCUCUUUUAUGAUGAGUCAGGGAUUUUAAUGGCCUUUUUCUUCCCUCUCUGGUCAAAUGGAUUCAAAGCACCUGCCGUUCAUGACAUCACAGCCACGCAGGACUGUGUGACAGUGCAUUCAGCUUUCACAGUUGCUUGUAUGACAAGAUCACAGGCUAUGAUGUGUUACACGACCAGCUGCAAACCUCUGUGGAAGCUGCUUUUCAUGCCAUUGGAUCUGAGCUGUGAAAUAGAAACAUAA